UAUAUUAGCCUAUAACAAUGCCAAAGUAACAUAAAAUAAUCUUCUAACUUAAGGUGGCAAAGGACCCAAUUCUUCCCCAGGUUCUAUCUCUUCCUUGGAUGCAUAAUCUUCUCUCUUUGUUCUCUCGCCUCCUUUUUACCCUUUCGGUCCCCCAAGUCAUCCAUAAUUUGGUAAAAAAAAAUCUCUACUUUUUCGAAAAGAAGUGGAGGCCAAAUGCAGCGCCCUUCUCUCCGCCUCCUCAUUGAGCUGGCCGCCGCCGCCGUCACCGGCGCCGCGACUCUCCUCGCCUUCCGGCGGUGCAACCGGGACGAGGCCAUCGUCUCCCUCCGCUGCGAGAUCCGCGACGCCCUCCUCCUCAUCCGCCGCGACAAAGGCGGCCCCAUCGCCCACCCGCCGGCGGUCCUCGUCACCGGGUUCCGGGCCAAUGGCAAGAGCUCGUUCGUGAACACGGCGUGCCGAGCCCUCGCCGACGAGGUCGGGCCACUGCUCCUCAGGGUGGAGACUGCGCCACCGGGCUCCCGCCCCGCCACCAUUGCCCGCCGCGGGGUCCGCGCAGCAGUGGCGGCGGAAGAGGGGGAGGCGGCGGUGGAGCUGCUGGACGCGCCGGCGCUGCCGGAGGCCGUGAGGCUGACGAGAGCCGACGUGGAGGCUGCGCUGGUCGGCGACGGGGGAGGAGGUGAGGCGGCGCCCGUGGCGGAGUGUGUGGUUCUGGUGCUUCGCUGCGGCGGGCCUGCGAAGGAGCGGAAUCUGGCUGUCAGGAAGCUGCCCGAUAUCGCUGGCGCCGUUCGCGAACGAGGCUUGAAUUUAGUUGUUGUAUUAACCCAUAAGAAGGCUAUAAAAACUAUACAACAAGCUGAAGAGCUCCGUCGGGAGGUCGCCUUUAGGGCAAGAACUGAUUGUGUUUAUUUCAUAGAGAACUACACAUCAAGCAGCAUGCUUAAUAUUCGCCAUCCCGGCAUCAUCAAGAAUAGCUUCGAGACGCAUUUUACCGUGCUAGCAAUCAUCAGGCAGUGCAUCGAGUUCAGCAAAUCAUAUCGAAGCCAUUCAUCACGGGAGAUCAGCAUCGACAAGAACUAGCAUGAGAUUGUUGAUGAUGCUAGAUGGAUGAUGGGAGCUUUUUUUUUUUUUUCUGUCAUAAUUGUUUAAACGCCUCAAUUAAAUAUUAUUAUGUAUUUGUAAAUAUAAAUUUGUUAGUAACAUUUGUGAUUCUUAU